CGGUAAUAUACCCAGUAUCAUCACACUAGCGACUCCUCCUGCAGCAGAGUACUCUGUGUUGCUUUCUCCGCCACUGCCCCUCGCCUCGCCAUGAGCUCUGCAGUCUCUCUCCAUCGUCCACUUCAUCGCAAUUCUCUCACAGCUUUCCAUAACGCGAGAAUCAUUUCUUCGCGUUUCGUCGGAUUGCCAAACAGAGACUGCUUCAGAAACGUUUCUUUGAGGAGUUCUGUGCUGAGAAUUGGACUUCGGCAUGGCUCCUCUGAGCUUCGCGAUCCUCGCUCUUUUCGAUUUAGGGUUUCUUCGAAAGACGCUUCGCUCGGGGCGUUGCCGGAGGAGAACGAAGUGCAGGCCCCGAGCUUCUCCGAGUUUAUCACUUCGGAGAGAGUGAAAGUGGUGGCGAUGCUGGCCUUGGCUCUGGCGCUUUGCAAUGCGGACAGAGUUGUGAUGUCGGUGGCAAUCGUGCCUUUGUCUCUCUCUCGCGGAUGGAGCCGAUCGUUCUCUGGUAUUGUUCAGUCAUCUUUCCUGUGGGGAUAUCUGAUUUCGCCAAUAGCUGGAGGAACUUUAGUGGAUUAUUAUGGUGGUAAGGUGGUCAUGGGGUGGGGCGUGGCUUUAUGGUCACUUGCUACCUUUCUAACUCCCUGGGCUGCGGAGACUUCUUUGUGGGCCCUUCUUGCCAUGCGAGCUCUGCUUGGUGUUGCUGAAGGUGUAGCUCUUCCUUGCAUGAACAACAUGGUAGCAAGAUGGUUCCCUCAAAUGGAACGAGCCAGGGCUGUUGGACUUGCAAUGGCUGGUUUUCAGCUUGGAAGUGCUAUAGGACUCACACUUUCUCCAAUCCUCAUGUCACAAGGUGGUAUAUUUGGACCGUUUGUAAUUUUUGGAUUAUCUGGAUUUCUGUGGGUUUUGGUAUGGUUAUCUGCAAUAUCAAGAACUCCUGACAGAAAUCCUCAGAUAUCAAAAUCGGAAUUGGAGUACAUAUUGGACAAGAGGCAGAAAUCCUUCCCAACGGAGAGUAGACCUAAGACAACAAGAGUGAUCCCUCCUUUCAGACGCUUGCUUUCUAAACUGCCAACAUGGUCCCUAAUUGUUGCAAAUGCCAUGCAUAGCUGGGGUUUUUUUGUAAUUCUUUCCUGGAUGCCCAUUUAUUUCAACUCGAUAUAUCACGUUGACCUCAGACAAGCUGCGUGGUUUAGUGCUGUUCCAUGGGCUGUGAUGGCUAUCAUGGGAUAUUUUGGUGGUUUGUGGUCAGAUUUGUUGAUACAAAGUGGUAUAAGUGUAACUUUGACUCGUAAAAUCAUGCAGUCAAUUGGUUUUGUUGGUCCGGGGAUUGCUCUUAUUGGUUUAACUACAGCAAAAAGUCCAACAAUCGCUUCUGCUUGGCUUACUUUAGCCGUUGGGCUGAAAUCUUUCAGUCAUUCUGGUUUUCUUGUGAACCUUCAGGAGAUCGCUCCACAUUAUGCUGGUGUAUUACAUGGAAUGUCAAAUACGGCUGGAACAUUGGCUGCUAUCGUAGGAACAGUUGGAGCUGGUUUCUUUGUUGAGCUGGUGGGUUCUUUCCAAGGAUUCCUGUUGCUCACUUCACUCUUAUAUUUUCUUUCUUCCCUUUUCUACAUCCUGUUUUCCACUGGAGAGAGAGUAAAUUUUGAUGAAACAGUUCCCUGCUGAGAUUCCAAGACUCUCGCUACACAGGACCGUUUGUUGAUGGAUUGUUUGGUCAACUGUAACUAAAGGAUUUGACUCGGAAGGAUUGUAGAGAAUGUUGGAAAGAGGGAUCGUUCCUCUGUAGAAGUAAUAGCUUCAACCCCUUAAGUCAGGGGUAUGUAUUCAAAGAGAUGUACAGUCGAUGAAUUUUACUUUCUCUCAUGCAUCAACUGACUGUUUCAGGUGCAUCUGUUUUUUGUUUUAAUUAUUCUACCAAAUGUGUAAUAUAUGUGUAAGAUCUUUUAAGGAAGAAUUGUCCUGUCUUUGUAUUCAUAUAUUAGAUUCUCAUCUUAU